AUGGAAGGAAGCGUGGCUGAAGGUAUUUAUACCUCUCUCCCGACCUGCCCUCUAUUUUCGCAACCAUAUGACUCUCAGAGCCUUUUUGCUCCUGAGGAUCUGCCAACUCCCCCAUCUUACCAUGAUAUGCAUGUGAAUGAUCUGGGGCUUACACCUCCCCCUGGGUCGCAGCUGCUACAACCUACCAAUGUCACUCGACCGGACCCCUUGCAUGACGAGCACGGUUCAUCCAACGGAGAUGCGAGGAUAUCUAUGGCCGGUCAGCCCGCAGGGUCGAACCACGAUGAUCAGACGAGAGGCUCACGCAAGGGCACGCCCGACGACCCGUCUCUGUUGAGACAGGGACGUUCAUCGAACAACGAAGUUGGGCCAUCUUUUCCUGAUAGCCCAGCCGCCAGUCCAGUCAGGUCGAUUGAGGUUGCCACAAAUGCCGCAGCGCAGACCAGACCUCCACAGCCCUUGAACUCGAACAUUACGCCAAAUGCAGACGAUCUGCUCUACGAUCCUCUCUUUGGUCCCGACUUUGUGUUGCCCAAUUUCGACGCGAAUUCUUCUUUGAAACGAACCGCCGACGAAGCCUUGGCUGAUGAUUUCCAAUUGUGGCACAGGCCUGAAAAACAACUGAUGCCGGAUUCACUACAAGGCUCCAGUGCUCCUUCUCUGAAUGCAACGCCGUCUCUCUCCUCGCCUGACACUAUUCAGUUGGAUCAUUUUGAAACAGUGCCCAAUACGCCAGGCGGUAUUGCAGACUCGCAAAUACCCGCGCCUCAUUUUGAUCUUUUUGAUCCUCUAUUUGAAGAUCCUGCCUUCCACAUUCCACCGGACCUGUCGGGAAUUGAGUUUUCUUCUGAGAAUAGACCAGCACCUUACUCUGCAGACGCGGAGCCUUCGUAUGAUGCGUCUCGUCGCCCGAGCUUCAAUGUCCAGGUGCAAGCCGCUGACCCUGUGACUUUCGAUCACGAGACUGAGGUCGUAUCGCUUCCCACAAGUGAAUUGACCAAGCGACAGUUCUCUCUGGAUACCCAAGAUGUUCUUGCCAACGCCGACCGUGAGACUCUGCAGCGAGUUGAUCAUGUACCUAAAUACACAUCUCCAUAUCCGACGUACCAUGGGCCUUUGGGGUAUCUUCCCUCAGCUCCGGGAAUUCACGUCAAGUGCAUUCAGGUCGCCAACGACCAAGUCAACGCCCGUUUUUCGCACCUUAGAUACAAAGUCCAACAACUCAAAUACGAAAGAGACAAAUACAGGGAUGCGUGGUCUAAAUGGACAGCGCUGGAAGCAUCAACAGGGAAGUCAAGGGCACAGAUACUCGAGGAGGAAAACGCGACGCUGCGGCGCGUGUCCACCCAACACCAAAGAAGAGCGGAGCAGUACAAGCAAGAAAUAGAGGUCUGGAAAGGCAGACUGCAUGAUCUCAGUGUUAUAUACAACAACCUCCUCUACGAGAUCCAGAUUCAGAAGAGAAUGCCUGCCGUGGCCCCCAUUCCGCGCGAGUACCGGCCCCGGUAUCCACCACAGGCUGCUACACAUCCGCAAUAUGUUGCACCCGGUGAGCAGCUUGCGAGCACUCCUUAUAUCCCGGUGCCUCAUCAAAAUCCGCCUCCCACCAAUUCUCCGCCUAGUGGCAUCACACCUGGAUCAGUGCAACACCCCGCUCCGGCAGAGCCACAGCCAGAAACGGUGACUAUUGAUCUUACUGACGAAGCGCCCAACAUCACACCCAAUCCAGCUUCGAUAGCUCCAUUGAAGCCCGCGGAGGAAAGCGGGGAGCUUCUUCAAUCAUUGCAGAAAAAGAAGUACAACUGGCUCGAAACAGCGAGAUCAGGUUCCGCACAGCCUGCGGUAGCUCGAGCAGGACCUCGACCUCCGCUACGCUCGGAAUCCGCGCCUCGAGCCUCCCGCGCCACGCUCAAGUAG